AUGAACCUUCCAGGGAGUAAUUCAGACUUCCACACAGAGGCCUCCCUCUCAGAGACCCCAUCCAGUCACCUCUUCUUCCUAGAAACAGGGAAUAUUACAAGAGUUUCAGAAUUUCUUCUCCUGGGACUUUCAGAGGAGCCAGAACUGCAGCCCCUCAUCCUUGGUCUUUUCCUCUCCAUGUACCUGAUCACUGUGUUGGGAAACCUGCUCAUCAUCCUGGCCGUCAGCUCAGACCCCCACCUCCACACGCCCAUGUACUUCUUCCUCUCCAACCUGUCCUUUGUGGACAUCUGUUUCACCUCCACCACCAUCCCCAAGAUGCUGGUGAACAUCCAGACACAGAGCAAAGGUAUAACCUAUGAAAGCUGCAUCACCCAGAUGUAUUUAUUCACAGUCUUUGGCACGUUGGAUGUCUUUCUCCUGACCGUGAUGGCCUAUGACCGCUUUGUGGCCAUCUGUCACCCCCUGCACUACAUGGUCAUCAUGCACCCCCAGCUCUGUGGACUGCUGGUUCUGGUGUCCUGGAUCAUGUGUGUCCUGAAUUCCUUGUUACAUAGCUUAAUGGUGGUGAGUCUGUCCUUUUGCACAGACUUAGAAAUUCCCCACUAUUUCUGUGAACUCAAUCAGAUGAUCCAACUUGCCUGUUCUGACAACUUUCUUAAUAACCUGGUGAUGUAUUUGGCAGCUGUGCUAGUGGGUGGUGGUUCCUUGGCUGGUAUCCUUUAUUCUUACUUUAAAAUAGUGUCCUCCAUACGUGCAAUGUCAUCAUCUCAAGGGAAGUAUAAAGCAUUUUCUACCUGUGCGUCUCACCUCUCGGUUGUCUCCUCAUUUUAUCGGACAAGUCUAGGAGUGUACCUCAGCUCUGCUGUGACCCACAGCUCACAGUCAAGUGCAGCAGCCUCAGUGAUGUACACUGUGGUCACACCCAUGCUCAACCCCUUCAUCUACAGUCUCAGGAACAAAGAUAUAAAGGGGGCUCUGAAAAGAUUCUUUGGGAUGACCGAUCUUAAAAGGACACUCAUGCUGAGGCUGAAAAAGUGCCCUUGA